GAUGAGUAUGCCCAGUGCGACUUCAUCGUGUCUGACCCCGUGGUGUCCUACCGCGAGACCGUCAGUGAGACGUCCAGCGUGACCUGCCUGGCCAAGUCCCCAAACAAGCACAACCGAAUCUACCUGCAAGCUGAGCCGAUGGACGAGGAGCUCAACAAGGCUAUUGAGGAUGGCGCUGCUGGCCCCAAGGCAGACCCCAAGGAGCGCGCUAAGCUCCUGUGUGAGAAGUUCGAGUGGGACAAGCAGGUGGCUCAGACCAAAAUCUGGUGCUGGGGCCCCGAGACCGAUGGUGCCAACCUCGUUGUGGAUUCCACCGUUGGUGUGCAGUACCUGAUUGAGAUCAAGGAGCAUGUGAACAGUGCGUUCCAGUGGGCCACCAAGGAGGGACCGUUGUGUGAGGAGAACAUGCGAGGCAUCCGUUUCAACCUCAUGGAUGUGACCCUGCACACUGAUGCCAUCCAUCGCGGUGCCGGACAGAUCAUGCCUCCCACCCGUCGUUGCUGCUUCGCAGCAGAGCUGACGGCCAAGCCAACUUUGCAGGAGCCUGUAUUCCUGGUCGAGAUCACCUGCCCGCAGGAGGCCAUGAGUGGUGUUUACAACUGCAUGAACCUGCGCCGCGGCUGUGUCUUCGAGGAGAACCAGAGGGAAGGUACGCCUUUGGUGCAGGUGAAGGCCCACCUGCCGGUGUCUGAGUCCUUCGGUUUUGUCGCUGCCUUGAGGCAGGCCACCAGUGGACAGGCUUUCCCGCAGUGCGUCUUUGAUCACUGGGAGAACCUGCAGGGUAACCCCCUGGACAAGGGCAGCAAGAUGGAGGAGCUCAUCCUGGGCAUCCGCAAGCGCAAGAACCUCAAGGUCGAGAUGCCCGCACUUGGCGACUACCUGGACAAGCUUUAG